AUGGACGCCCUUAAUCCACUAAAAUAUCAAUCUCAACCUCUGAUCAAGAGGUUAUUGCCAUGGCUACUUUCUGCACUUCUCCCCAUAGCCCUUAUGAUCCUCUAUUUCUAUCCAUUUCAAUUAUUACUUUCUCCAUCUAAUCUGCUUCUUGAAAAAAGUAACACUAUCAUCACAGACUCCAAGUUGGCCUCUUCUUCUGUUUCUCCUGUUCUUCAUAAAGAAAGGGUUGUUUCUAAGGAUGAGAAAGAGAUCACAUGUGAUUAUUCAGAUGGAAUUUGGAUCCAUGACAGCAGGGGACCAUUGUAUAAUGGAACAACAUGUAACACAAUUAAGGAUGGCCAGAAUUGCAUGAGACAUGGCAGGCCAGAUAUGGAUUAUAUGUAUUGGAGAUGGAAGCCAAAUGUAUGUACAUUGCCCAGGUUUGAUCCUGAAAAAUUCCUGCAUCUCCUCAGGAACAAGAGUUUGGCUUUCGUUGGCGAUUCGGUCGCGCGAAACCAGCUGGAAUCCCUGAUUUGCAUGAUGGCUACCGUAUCAUCACCUAAUCUUCUUCAUACAAAUGGCGAGGAUAACAAAUUUAGGAAAUGGCAUUUUCCUUCUCACAAUGUGACUGUCGCCAUCUUCUGGUCUCCGUUUCUAGUACGAGGUAUCGAGAAAACUGAUGAGAGUGAUGUGAAGAGGAAUUUUAAUAGGUUGUACUUGGAUUCUGUAGAUGAAAAAUGGGCAGGGGAAGUGAGUAAUUUGGACAUGAUUGUUUUGUCUAUGGGACAUUGGUUUCUACUUCGUGCAGUGUAUCAUUAUGGAGAUACAGUACUAGGUUGUCACUUCUGCACUGGUCAAAAUUACAGUGAGAUUGGAUUUUAUGAUGUUUAUGGCAAAGCAUACAAGACAGCACUUAAUGCUAUAAUUGACAGGAAAGGUUCUAUUGGUGAUGCAAUUGAUGUUUUUGUGACUACCUUUACUCCUUCACAUUUUGAAGGUGAGUGGGACAAGUUUGGAGCUUGCUCAAAAACUCAGCCAGAGGAACCAACUCAGAAGAAGCUUGUAGGGAUGGAUGCCGAAAUGAGAAACGCCGGAAUUCGAGAAAUUGAGGCUGCAAAAAUGAAAGCCAAGGAAUUUGGUAAAAAAGUGAGAUUUCAGGCUGUGGAUGUGUCCUGGUUAUCUCUACUGAGGCCAGAUGGCCAUCCAGGGCCCUAUUCCAAUCCUUUCCCGUUUGCGAAUGGGAUCACGGACCGUGUACAAAAUGACUGUGUGCAUUGGUGUCUACCAGGACCAAUUGAUACAUGGAAUGAAAUUUUGUUAGAAUUCAUGAAUAAAUGGGAGGGAAGACCAAUAACAUACUUUAUCUCAUCUGCGCUUUCCAUUCCAAAGCUUCUAUCACCUGAAAUGGCCAUGGCCUCCCCAGCUUAUCUAACAUCAUACUUUAGAAUUGGCUCCCAGUCUCACUUUCCUCGCAACUUUUAUUGCAUCUCUUGUUUCAAAAACCAUCAAAAUCCAAUCUUUGCACCGAAAGAUGCACACCCUUUCCUCCUCCUCCCUAAACAAUCCACAUCCAAUCUCGUCCUUCCAUUAUCAACUUCCCCAUCUUCUUCUUCUUCCUCCUCCUCUUCUCCAUCUGAUUCUUCCCCAAUCCCCACAAUCAGGAACCCACUUCCAACUGGUCGAUUUCUGACGAAUGAUGAGCUUGCAAAGCUCGAAUUUCUUGAGAAUUAUUGCUAUUUUCAAGAAUUGAAAUCUGGGUAUUUGUAUAUGCGGGUGAUGGAGCAAGAAGAGCUGGAUUUGACGGCCGGCUUGUUGGCUGAGUCUUUUGCGGAUUCAAUGUUUUUGCCUAAAGGGUAUGUGAAACUAUUGGAGUAUUUGGUGAAGCAGUAUUUGAUUGAGAGGAGGGCUUUAAUGCCUCACACCGCCACACUUCUUGGAUUCUAUAAAGAGGAUGAAGAUGAGGAUUUUCAGGUAGCUGGAACAGUGGAAGUUAGUUUUAAUAAGAUGGGGGCAAAUGCUUCUCCUCCUUCUCCUACUCCUCCCAAAAAUUCUCCUUACAUAUGCAAUAUGACUGUGAAGGAAUCACUGCGAAGGAGGGGCAUUGGUUGGCAUCUACUCAAAGCAAGUGAGGAACUGAUUGCGCAAAUGAGUUCCUCAAGAGAUGUAUUCUUGCACUGCAGAAUGAUUGAUGAAGCUCCCUUCAAUAUGUACACAAGAGCUGGAUAUACAAUUGUAAAGACAGACAGCAUACUGACCCUGUUGACAUUGCAGCGGCGUAAACACUUAAUGUACAAGCAAAUUCCAGUCUCUGUCAGCCCUUCUGAAAUGGAUAUGUAUAGUCAGGAACCUUCUGCAACGAAUGGAGACUUGUAA